CAGUUGUACAUUGCCCCCCUCCACUCCUGUCAGGUUGUUUUUUUUACCUCCUCCAGUUCACUGAAAGUCCAUCUCAAAAGCGCCAAGAUUACUUAUCUCGACAAGACUCACACUGAACUACGCGUUAGAGACAACAAGAAUCUAAGCUUCUUGAGAGUCACAGUCAGGUGUGUAAGACAUUCCCACCACAAGCAGGUUUUUGUUGAACUGCGGUUUCGUGUUCGGGCAUCGUUCUGUGAGAACAGGGAAUCCGGAACAUGGAAUGCAGGGGGGGGGAGGGCAGGGCGGGCGUCCCGUAUCGGCCCAAAGAUCGAGCCUCCUAUUAAAUAGGUCCAAGUGUUACGCAACGAGAACAGAGAGGAAGGAAGGACGUGUGUUUGCUUCUCUGGUAAACAGCUGAAGCAGGAAAAGAGAAAAGUCUACAGCAGAGGAGCCAGCAGCCGCCAGCAUGUCCUCUGGUCCGGAUCAGGUACCGCCUCGACCGGAAAUCUUUGAUUUCCAGGGAGUCUCGAUGAUACACUUCUUCACAGACAACUGGGAGAACAUUCAGAACUUCCAGGCCCGGCCGGAUGAUAUUCUCGUUGCAACAUACCCCAAAGCAGGAACCACAUGGGUGUCCUACAUCCUCGACCUCUUGUACUUCGGCCAGACAGAGCGCCAGACAUCUGUCCCGAUAUUUAAAAGAGUGCCUUUCUUGGAGAUCACGAUCCCAGAUUUUGGUUCAGGAAAAGACGACGCGGACAACCUCCCCACCUCUCCUCGAAUCAUUAAAACUCACCUUCCUGUGCAGUUUGUGCCAAAGUCCUUCUGGGAGCAAAACUGCAGGAUCAUCUACGUGGCCCGCAAUGCCAAAGACAACGCGGUGUCUUAUUUCCACUUCGAUCGCAUGAACAUGAUGCAGCCGGAGCCCGGAGACUGGAGCGGCUACGUCCACCGGUUCAUGGAGGGGAAAUUGGUGUUCGGGUCCUGGUACGACCACGUGAACGGCUGGUGGAAGAAGAAGCAGACUUACCCGAAGCUCCAUUACGUUUUCUACGAGGAUCUGGUGGAGGACACCGGACGGGAAAUAGAGAAGCUCUGCUGCUUUCUGGGUUUGUCCCGUUCGGACGAGGAGAAGAAGAGAAUUGCUGAUGGAGCGCAUUUUGAUAACAUGAAAAAGAACGACAUGGUCAAUUACUCCAACGUGGUUGUGAUGGACUUUAAAAUCUCUCCUUUCAUGAGAAAAGGGAAAGUCGGUGACUGGAAGAACCACUUCACUGAGGCCCAGAGUCUCCAGUUUGAUGAAGACUACAAGAAGAAGAUGACAGACGUCACUCUUCAGUUCCGCUGCGACAUCUGAUCCAGGACGCCGAGGGGAAGAUGUGGAGAUGUGGAGAUGGGUCUGAAGUGUGUCUCUUCAUGCUGUUUACAUCGGAAUGAAGAAUGAGAACCACAUAUUGUGACCCUCAUGUACUCGUAUAGCCCCACAUACAUGUACUUAUCCCACAGAAAUGUGUUGCUCGAUAUUCACUUAAUCAUAAACAUGGAAGUAUAAAGACUGCAAAGGUGACGUCUUUUUUUCUCCAUAAGAAACAAAAAAGCCUCUUUCUUCAGUUCUAGUUUUAUUGUCCAACUCCAACUAGGAAUUUCAUGAUCUCAACUAAGUCGUUGUGUUGCCUAAACCUGAAUAAAGUUGUAUCCUGCAAAGACUUUUAAGAACAAAAGACUGAAUGCAUGUAGCUUUCAUAUGAAAAUGCGCUUCAAAUUAAAGAGUAUCUGCAUUACGUCACUAUUUACAUUUAUAGCCUCUAUUUAAAUUAGAGAUAAAAAUUACGAAGGUUUUAUCUUUAUUUUUGCAAUAAAACAAUUUCAUUGUGUAGUUUCUCAUUAUUCA